GUGACGUCGCGGUGUCAACAUGCAAAAUGGCGGCCCAUCAUCGGCAGAAUACCGCGGCCCGGAGGAAAGUCCAGGUGUCUUAUGUGAUUCGAGAUGAAGUAGAGAAGUAUAACCGUAAUGGCGUUAACGCACUUCAACUAGAUCCCACGUUAAACAGACUGUUUACGGCUGGUCGGGAUUCAAUUAUCCGGAUAUGGAGUAUCAACCAACACAAGCAAGAUCCUUAUAUUGCCUCCAUGGAACACCAUACAGAUUGGGUGAAUGAUGUGGUGUUAUGCUGUAAUGGAAAGACCUUAAUAUCGGCUUCGUCUGACACUACAGUGAAAGUGUGGAAUGCUCAUAAAGGAUUUUGCAUGUCUACGUUACGAACUCAUAAGGAUUAUGUCAAGGCAUUGGCUUAUGCGAAAGACAAGGAGUUGGUGGCUUCAGCUGGGCUGGACAGACAGAUUUUCCUCUGGGAUGUAAAUACACUCACAGCACUGACUGCCUCAAACAACACAGUCACCACAUCAUCACUGAGUGGGAACAAAGAUUCCAUUUAUAGCCUUGCAAUGAACCAGAUGGGAACAGUAAUCGUUUCAGGAUCUACUGAAAAAGUUCUGAGAGUAUGGGAUCCCAGAACAUGUGCAAAACUGAUGAAGCUUAAAGGUCAUACGGAUAACGUGAAAGCUCUAUUGUUGAACCGAGAUGGCACACAGUGUUUAUCUGGCAGCUCUGAUGGGACCAUCCGGCUGUGGUCCUUGGGGCAGCAGAGGUGUAUAGCAACAUAUAGGGUCCACGAUGAAGGAGUUUGGGCGCUGCAAGUCAAUGAAGCCUUUACGCAUGUCUACUCAGGAGGCCGAGACCGAAAAAUCUACUGCACAGAUCUCCGGAACCCAGAUAUUCGAGUUCUGAUUUGUGAGGAAAAAGCACCAGUUCUCAAGAUGGAGAUUGAUCGAUCAGCUGAUCCAGCUCCAGCCAUCUGGGUAGCCACCACAAAAUCGUCAGUGAAUAAAUGGUCCAUGAAGGGUAUUCAGAAUUUUAGAGCAUCCGGUGAUUAUGACAAUGAUUGCAGCGCGCCCUUAAUUCCUCUUUGCACACAGCCAGAGCAAGUCAUUAAAGGGGGUGCCAGUAUCAUCCAGUGUCAUAUACUGAAUGACAAGAGACACAUCGUGACCAAAGAUACAAACAACAUUGUGGCAUUCUGGGAUGUAUUGAAGGCUUGCAAGGUGGAAGAGCUUGGGAAAGUAGAAUUUGAUGAAGAAAUUAAGAAACGGUUCAAAAUGGUUUAUGUGCCAAACUGGUUCUCCGUGGACUUAAAAACAGGGAUGUUGACAAUUACUUUAGAUGAGAGUGACUGUUUUGCUGCGUGGGUGUCAGCGAAGGACGCUGGAUUUAGCAGUCCAGAUGGAUCCGACCCAAAACUUAACCUUGGAGGACUGUUGCUGCAGGCUCUGUUGGAAUAUUGGCCAAGAACACACAUCAUUCCAAUGGAUGAAGAAGAAAAUGAAAUGAAUAUGGUUAAUGGAGAACAAGAAAACAGGAUUCAGAAGGGCAAUGGUUAUUUCCAGGUGCCACCCCACACUCCAGUCAUCUUUGGUGAAGCAGGUGGUCGCACUCUCUUCAGGCUUUUGUGCCGUGAUGCAGGAGGUGAAACUGAAUCAAUGCUUCUAAAUGAAACCGUGCCUCAGUGGGUGAUAGACAUCACUGUAGACAAAAACAUGCCCAAAUUCAACAAAAUUCCAUUCUACCUCCAGCCUCAUUCUUCCUCCGGAGCAAAGACACUUAAAAAAGAUCGUUUGUCAGCUAGUGACAUGCUACAGGUUCGAAAAGUGAUGGAACAUGUUUACGAGAAGAUCAUCAAUCUAGACAAUGAAUCUCAAACAACCAGCUCCUCAAACAAUGAGAAACCUGGAGAGCAAGACAAAGAAGAAGACAUUGCUGUGCUGGCAGAGGAGAAGAUUGAGUUACUUUGUCAGGAUCAGGUGCUGGAUCCAAACAUGGAUCUGCGGACAGUCAAACAUUUCAUCUGGAAGAGUGGAGGAGACCUGACGCUUCACUAUCGGCAGAAGUCGACGUGAUAUUUAACCGGAAAUGGCAGAGUGCUUUGACUCGGAGGCCAAUAGUCUCAUUGCGAACUUUCUCGUCGGCGCCUAAUCUCAUUACCUGUAAAGGGUUAAAAGAGCAGUAACAGUGCCCCACGCACUACUCUGCAUUAGACCCAGCUCACUGACUGAUUUUAGUCCAGUAUGGAUAACAGCGUCAAAUUAUACGGAAAGAUCUACUGCUACACAAUAUAGGAAGAUUUGCAGAAUGUAAAUUGAAUUUAAUCCCAGUGCACUGUCUUGAUUUGAAUGGGCAGGGUGGAGAUUACUGUAGCUUUUAUAGUAUGGUGAGGAAGACACUGCCCAGUGUACAAAGCAUAGAUAAAUGAUCCAGCUAAUGGAUGUAACUGUUUCAUCAGUAGGUGUCCUUUAUUUGUUUCUAACUCACUGCCUACCCAGUAACAUUUCCUGCAUGGGCACCACACUAGCUUUUGCUGUCACCGUACAAUGUGAUGUUAUUCAUCACCGCAAAUUCUUGUUUCCGUACGUUCCAGAAUGUUCUUGUUAGAUGUUGUUUUAAUGCCACUAAUUUUGAUGGCUUCUUUGGGAAAUGAAUGCACACGUGGAAUUGUAAGACCAUGUGCAGCAACCAUAUUCAUUACUAGUGUUGAACUUAGUGUCACCAGUUGUUAAAUGUGCUUGUUAUUUGUGAACUGUGCCCCAGAUUGACUGUUCCUGCUGCUUGAGCUGUAGUCUGUUAUUUUGUUAAAUUCAGCUAGUGGUGCUACAUUUGUCAAAUGUUAAUCUUUUGAUGUGUCAGAGCAGGGGACUUUGUAGAGCUGCUUUAUUUGGGAAGAGUACUAAAAAUAGUAGGACACGAGGGCACAAGUUCAUGGUUAACAGGGCAGGUUUGUGACAGAUGCCAGUAUAUAUUUCUUUGCAUUGGAGUGAUCACAGCUCAGAGUGAAGCCAAGCUAUUGCACUUAGUCUUAUGGUAAGAUUGAUAUUAUUAAAGGAAGAAGGUCCAGUGGGCUGCAAGCCAUCUUGAUCCAAGACCAAUCUUGUGAGACGAGUGUUGUAAAUAAGACAUUUUUUUAUUCAAUUGACUAUUAACAGACAAGAUUUUUAGAAGAAUUUUUUAAGAAAAAGCUUUGAGACUUUGUAGUUGAUUGCAAAACUAAUUCCUUUUGGAUGGUCCAGAUCCAGAGUUGAACCAUUAAGGCUGGAAUAAAGUAAUAUUUAACUCAGUGUGGUACUUUCAAUCUAAUACGCUGUAGAUAUACACAAAACAGAGCAGAUAACCUUGUGAUGUUUUGUCACAGAACUUGUGUAUAUUUUAUAUUGUAAAUUAUAUUUGUGUUCAAGGCCUUUCCAAUUUAUGAAAUCCAGUUGCAAGUCUUUUAAACUAACGUUAAAAGUACUGAAAAGUUCAUCGGCUCAUACUGCAGAGAAAUGUUAUUGCUAUUUUUAAGCAAUUAUCCAUUUUGUGACAGUGUGAUUUUCUUGUCAUUUUCCUCUAUCUGUUGAUAUAUGCACAUCAACUAAUUAUUAUACUGAGACCUGCGGUUGCACCAGAGUGCCCCUCAAGAAAAUUUUAUUGUGCUGAAUUUGGAGAAAGUAAAGUCACCAAUUCAGAAAAGUCAGAUAAGACCUAGUUCUGAGGAAGGAUCACUGGACUGGAAAUUUUAACUUUGAUUUCUGUCCAUGAUGCUGCCAGACUGGCUGAGUUUUUUUCCUGCAGUUUCUAAUUUCCAGCAUCCAAUUUUUUUUGACAACUUGAGCUAAUGUGAGAGUCGCUUGAGGCUUUGGCAACUCUCUUGCACUGAGGUCCUUCCUGUGGACGACAAUAAUAAACUGCACUAUCUCAAACGGCAGGGGAGAAAUAUUUAAUUCUCAACCAACCUCGCAUUGUGCAAUUUAUUAUGUUACUGUCUGCAGGACCUUUUAGGAAAUAAGUGGGCUCCUGUAGUUUUAUAUCCAUCUACAUUUUUAAAGGACUUCCUUAAGUGCAGAAUGGGGCAUCAUCAGGUUGUGAAAUGUGCUAUUAAAAUGCAAAUCUGCCCCUCUGACCAGAGGAAUUUUUCUCAAUUUCUAGGAUUCUUGUCCUUUUCAUAAUGUGCUGCACCAUUAAUGGGAGAAUUGUUUAUUGGAUGUAAAAGUGUCUUUUGUUCCCACAUAUUGCAGCGUAAUUGUCAAUUGUCUGUUUAAAAACUAGAUUUCAUUAGUUAUUUUAAGUAUUGAACACUUUAAUUCAUUCCAGGGGAUGCACUAAUAUGGGAAGAACAUCUCCAAGCAAAACCUGCAGCAUCAUGGUCCAGCAUAUCUUCCACUGUACCAUGAACAUCAAGCCAAGGGAUCAAACUUGGUUCAAAGAAGAAUGCAGGAGGCCAUGCCAGGCGCUGCCCUUGAGAUACCUCAUAAUGAGGUGUUAACUUGGUGAAGCUGUAAAGUAGGACUACUUGCAUGUGAAGCAUUAUGAGCUGCAAGGGAUAGUCAUGGCUGAGCAAUUCCACAUUAGUGGAUCGUACCUGAGCUCUGCAGUUCCACCACAUCCACAUGUGAAUGUUGGUGGAUAAAUGAACAACUCACUGGAGGAAGCACCACAAAUAUCCCCAUCCUCAAUGAUGGGAGAGCCUGGCACAUCAGUGCAAAGGACAGGGCUGAGGUAUUUCAACAAACUUCAGCCAGAGGUUGGCACCCACCUCAGCGUCCUCUAGAGGUUUUCAGUGUUCAGCCAAUUUGAUUCACUCUGUAUCAAAUCUAGAAAUGGUUGAAGGUACUUGAUACUUGUAAGGCUCAGAGUCUUGCCAGCUUUUCAAUGGUAGUACUGAAGACUUGUGCUCCAGAGCUUGCUGCUUACCAAGCCUAGCUGUACUAGUGCAGUACAACUCUGGCAUCUAAUACUCAGAUACGUCCUGCACAAAAAAUCAGAACAAGUCCAACAUAACCAAUUACUGCCCCAUAAGUCUACUCUCACCCAUCACUAAAGUGUUGACGACAUCAACAGUGCUAUUGAGCAGCAUCUGCUCAGUAACACCCAGUUUGGGUUCCGCCAGGGCCGCUCGGCUCCUGAGCUCAUUACAACUUUAGUUCAAGCGUGGAUAAAAUAGCUGAAUUCCAGAGGUGUGGUGACAGUGACUGCCCUUGAUGUCAAGGCUGCAUUCAACGGAGUGUGACAUCAAGGAGUCAAACUGGAGUCAAUGGAAAUCCAAGGCAAAACUUUUGUGACUACUGAGUUGGAGUCAUGCCUAGCACAAAGGAAGAUGGUUGUGGUUGUUGGAGAUCAGUCGCCUCGGCUCCAGGGAAAUCUCUUCCUCAAUAUUUUUCUCAUCGACCUGUUGAGAGUGAUUGCAACACACCUCUAGAGCAGGUGGGACUUGAACACAGGCUUCCUAGCUCGGAGAUAUGGACAUUACCACUGCAUCAGAAGUGCCAGUGGGAUAGGUUCUUCAACAAUGCUGUUCGUUAUGGAGUUCCAGGAUCUUAAUCCAAUGAAGUGGUGGAUGCAGGUACAGUUACCAUAGUUAAGAUAUUUGGAUAAAUUCACGAGGAGGAAAGGUUUGAAGGGAAAUCAGCCAAGCACAGGCAGGUGGGACUGGUUUAGUUUGGGAGCAUGGUCACGGUGGACUGGAUGGACUGAAGAGUCUGUUUCCAUGCUGUACGACUGCGUGAUAAAGAAGAAUCACCAUUUUCCAAAAGGGACAGUGUGAUUGAGAGAGAACCAACCCAGUCUGUGUACCUUCCUACCCAACUUUGCCCAAACUCUCCCUGUUCACUACUGCUUGUCCAGCUUAUCCUUAAUUCCAUCUAUUGGCUUUGACCACCACACUCCUCAGUGUUGAAAUUUCUUUUGGUACCCUUAUGGGAUAUUUUGGUGGCUAUCUUGUAUUGAUUGCUCUAGUUUUUAGUAUCUCCCGAAGAGGAAACAUUUCCCUCUAAGGUCUCUUGAAAUUUUUCAUUAUUUUAAAGAUGUCUGAGUCACCCUUCCAACACUUCCUGUGGGGAAAUAACAAGCCUAUCCAUCAUUUCCUGCUAUGCAUACCAUGUAUUUCUAAUAUCAUCCUUAUAAAUCCCAGCACUCCUCAGAGACCUGCCAUAUCAUCCUUACAAAUGGCACACUAGAACUUCCAUGCAGUACUCUUAAGCGUGACCUUUUAAUGAUGUUCACUGCAGUUUCAGAAAAACUUCCCUACUUUUUACUUCAGCAUCUAGAUUAGAUUCCCUACAGGCCCUUCAGCCCAACAAGUCCACACUGCCCCUUGAAGCAUCCCACCCAGACCCAUUCCCCUAUAACCCACACACCCAUGAACACUAUGGGCAAUUUAGCAUGGCCAAUCCACCUAACCUGCACACCUUUGGACUGUGGGAGGAAACCGGAGGAAACCCAGGCAGACAUGGGGAGAAUGUGCAAACUCCACACGGUCGCCCAAGGUGGGAAUUGAACCCGGGUCCCUGGCGCUGUGAGGCUGCAGUGCUAACCACUGAGCCACCAUGCUGCCCCUAAAUUUAGAGAAAAUGAUAUUCUCUUGAAUGAAAGAAAAAUAUGGGAAGAUACUGGAUGUCUGAAUCAAACAGAUUGCUGGAGAAACUCAGCAGGUCUCGUAUUAAAAUGUGAGGCUGGAUGAACACAGCAGGCCCAGCAGUAUCUCAGGAGCACAAAAGCUGACAUUUCGGGCCUAGACCCUUCUGGUAUUAUCUUUGGAGAAAGAAACAGAAUUAAUGUUUCAAGUCCAAUAUGCCACCUCUUCAGAACCCAGAUAUUCCUUUGCAGUCACUUUUCCUUGCUCAUAAGUGAUAAAUUUAUCAGUUCUUCUGAAGGGUUCAGAUUUUCAAAAAUGCAUUUAGAUGAUUAAGAUGAAAUUUUAGAUUUAAGAAUGUUCUCUCAUUCAAUGAAGAGCAACAGGCAACUUUUUUUUUAAAAAAAGAGAAGAAUCUCCUGUGUUGGCAGGACACGAAAGUAUCCCUGAGAAUUAAAGGGAGUCACUUCUCACCAUUUUUUUUGUGUCAAUGUCUCAUACAUUCCCUGGAUGUUUAUAUUCGAAGCAAAGUCCCAAGAUGAUUUUGGAUUGUCACAAACACAGUUCCUGAAGUGUGUCUGUCUGGAUUGGUGAUGAUACAGAAUAAGCAGAGGGCUAUAGACAGGUUUAGCAAGUGGUCAGAAAUUUGGCAGAUGAACUAUACUAUAGGGAAAUGUGAGGUUGUACGCUUUGGCAGAAUGAGUAGGAGAUUUGAAUAUUAUUUAAAUGGAGGAAAACUGCAGUAAGCUACAGCACUCAGAUUUGGGAGCCCUUGUGCAUGGAUUGUAACAAGCUAGUGUACAAGUUUAGAAGAUAAUAAAGAGGGCAAAAGGAAUGCUUAUUUCAAAGGGACUGGAAUAUGAAAAUGAGGUUUAGCUAAAACUAUACAAGGCACGAGUCAGACCACAGUUGCACUGUUAUGAAAAUUUUAUUCCCUGAUCUAAGGAAAGGUAUACUGGCAAUGGAGGCAGUCCAGGAAAGAUUCACUGGGCUGAACACCGAUCUAGAGAGACUGCUUUAUGCAAAGAGAUUGAGUAGGUUACGACAGUACUCAUUAGAAUUUAGAAGAAUAAGAGACAAUCUUAUUAAAACACAAGAUUUUUAGAGUAGAUGCAGAGAAGUUGUUUCCCCAUGUUUUGUGUGUGUGUGUGUGUGUUCAGAACCAGAGAGUACCAUUUCAAAAUAAUGGGUUGCACAUCUAAGACCAUGAUAAGGAGAACUUUUAUCUGAGGAUAGUAAAUGUAACGGAUAGGGCUGUUGAGGCUGGGUCAUAAGUAUGUUUAAGGUUGAGAGAGAUUUUUAAUCAGUUGAGGAUUAUUAGAUCAGCUAUGAUCUCAUUGAAUAGCAGAAGAGAUUUGCCAGCAGAAUGGCCUACAUGUGCUCCUGAGUCUGAUACCUGGCAUUCCUCACAGAAGGCAGAGAAUGGUAGGUUUCUGAAAUGCAACUCGUACCCACUGUGAUUCUGGGUAUUUUGUAGAAGCUGAGUUUGAGGAAAAGUAUGAAGAAUUUUAAGCAUCUGUGCCUGAUGAAUGUUUGUUGACAAGUUUAAUGGAUGGAAAAGAUGUGAAAUUAACAAUUUGAUAAAAUCACAGUAUAUCUGGUGAUCUUUUCCAGUGUUCUCAAAAUUAAUUUUACAUCUUUGUUAAUAUAUUUUGUUUCACUAACUUCACGUGGAUGUGGACUAUUUGGCAGUACCUUGAAUCUGGGCCAUCUGAAGUUAUGCGAAUUAUGAGAAGAUCCCCUCCCUACCUCCUCACCUAUACUCUCCUCUCUACCUAUCUUCUUUUCUCUCCAUCUUCGGUCUGCCUCUCCCUCUCUUCCUAUUUAUUCCAGUUCCCUCUCCCCAUCCCCCUCUCUGAUGGGUCUCAGCCCGAAACGUCAGCAUUUGUGCUCCUGAGAUGGUGCUUGGCCUGCUGUGUUCAUCCAGCUCCACACUUUGUUGUCUUGGAUUCUCCAGCAUCUACAGUUCCCAUUGUCACAUCUGAAGUUAUGCACUCUCUUUGAACUAACCCAGUUUCACAGCAGGUAGGAUAGUGUUGAGGAUGUGCAGGCUUUGUUAUGUUGAUCAAUGAGGUUGAUUUUGGGUUGGGGAAUGGGAGGCACAGUUUAUUUUGGAUAUUACUUUUAGUUUAAUAGUGGAAGCAGGUCCAGUACAGUGCAUUAAAUAUUUGACAAUAAUGGAGGAAACCUGGAAAAUCUUGGUUUAUUUGUUCAGUGUCCAGUAAUAAGCAACUCACCUGCUGUUAGCUAUUAUUCCAAACCCAUACUUCAGAGGUAAUAGUUUUGUUGUUGAAGUUUCCAAAUUAUUGUCAAGAGAUCAAAAUGAAAAAGCCUCAUGCCAGGAAGCCUAAAAAUUUUUCAAAAUCAGAAAAAGCAGCAAAUAAAUCACUAUCCACAUUUGAAAAGGAAAAGAUAAUUAUGGGUUAGUGUGGUGAGCUUUUAACAACAGAACUGGAUUCCUAACUCAAAACAUAACUACUUACUGCCCCCAUCCCAUCUGCUGUUGUUCCAUGCACUGAUUGGUCACCAUGAAUAUUCUGCAUUUAUGCUAAGUAACAGACAAAUUGGUCAACCAUUGAUGUAAUAACAACAUGCUGGAAAUGUGCAUCCAAUCUCAGUAUCUGACCGGUUUUAAUCGUUACAUACAACAUUUAUCUGGGAUAUCUUUCCUCCAGUGGAGACCGACCAUUUAAUGGUCUGAUUUUCAGGCUUGCGUCAAUAAACCACCCUUUAUAAACUGCUACAUAUUGUUAUUUUUCUGUAAAACUAGUAAUUGAUUAAACUUGCAGUGUUGAC